AUCUAUGUCAAAAUAGAUAUUGUCUAUUGUCUAUUGUCAAACACUUCUGUAAUCUAAUCACUUUCCUCUUCUUUUUCUUUCUUUCUUUCUUUCUUUCUUUCUUUCUUUCAUGUAUGGCCGACAACAACCUAAGAAUCAUCGUUGAAAAAAACCCUUCCGAAUCAAGGCUAUCUGAAUUAAACAUCAAGUGUUGGCCCAAAUGGGGUUGCUCUCCAGGGAAGUACCAGCUAAAGUUUGAUGCAGAAGAAACGUGCUACUUGGUGAAAGGAAAGGUGAAAGUAUACCCAAAAGGCUCGUCUGAGAGUAUAGAGUUUGGUGCUGGAGAUCUUGUCGUCAUCCCAAAAGGGCUCAGUUGCACUUGGGAUGUUUCUGUUGCUGUAGAUAAAUACUACAAAUUUGAGUCAACUUCUUCUUCUUCUUCUUCUUCUUCCUCAUCUUGAUAUUCUUAGUACUCUUAUCAUCACUAUCUUAUUGAUAAUCUGAUUUUAGUUUAUUUGCUAA